AUGGACAAAACCUGGAUUCUUAAGCCACGAGAUAGCAUAGAAUAUAAACGGAGACUUAAUGAGUUCUUAGAUUUUGCAUUUGCGAAUGCAUUGUCGGAUAACAUGAUAAAAUGUCCAUGCCCUCAAUGCGGGUUUCAAUUUAUGCAAACAAGAGAGGAUGCAUACGACCACCUGUUGAUAAAGCCUUUUCCCCCUGGAUAUACUUUAUGGUUGCGUCAUGGUGAAAAACCAGCUGAUGAGAGAUCUACUUGCACACCGAUACUUGAUAAAGUUACAACCGAGGAAAAUCCAUAUCUUCAAAUGGUGCAAGAGGCAUUUAACUUCACAAUGCCUCCUGGAGGUGAGGAGACCACAACCUGGGAUCCUGUAGAAGACGAUGAUCUGGAGUUGCCGUACUUGUACAAUGGUCGAAGUCGCGAGGCACAGGAUUUUCACGAUCUUCUUGCUGAUGGAGCGGAGGAAUUAUACCCCGGCUGCUCGAAAUACUCAAAGUUGUCUUUUCUGGUGAAACUUUAUCACAUUAAGUGUAUGUGCAGGGUGAGUGACAAGGCUAUGUCGAUGAUCUUGGACUUAUUGCGGGAUGCAUUCGAGCAAGCCAAACUCCCAUCAACUUUCUAUGAAGCGAAGAAAACUAUACGAAAGUUGGGGAUUGAAUAUAAAAAGGUUGAUGCAUGCCCGAACGAUUGCAUGUUGUAUCGGGGUGAUGAUGAAGACGCGACCAAAUGCAAGCAGUGUGGGACUUCACGAUGGAAGCAAAAAACACGAAAGGGUUCCGUUACGAAACUCAAAAUACCGGUCAGGAAGAACGGAAAGCCUCUCCUAGCAAAAACUCUCCAGUCUGACAAUAAUGAUGGGUACUUGAGGCAUCCAAGGGACGCUGAAGCAUGGAAAGAAUUUGAUGCAAAGUAUCCAUGUUUUUCCAAUGAUCCGCGAAAUGUUCGUUUAGCUUUAGCUAGUGACGGAUUUAAUCCUUUUGGCAAUAUGAGUACGAAGUAUUCCAUUUGGCCAGUGAUUCUUAUUCCGUACAAUCUUCCUCCUUGGCUUUGCAUGAAACAAACAUCUUUUAUCCUAUCUAUGAUUAUUCCCGGUCCUAAAAUGCCGGGUAAUGACAUAGAUGUAUAUUUGGAGCCCUUGGUGGAUGAGUUGAAGCAAUUGUGGGAUGGUGUUGAAACUUAUGAUGCUAAUAAAAGGACCACUUUCAAUAUGUGUGCGGCGCUAAUGUGGACUAUUAGCGAUUUUCCGGGGUUGGGAAAUUUAUCUAGAUGGAACACGUACAGUGGGUUAGCAUGUCCGAACUGUAAUGUGGACGCUAAGCCUCAGCGGCUAACAUUCAGUCGAAAAUGGUGUUACAUGGGACAUCGCCGCUUCUUGCCUCAGAGCCAUAAGUAUAGACUAGACCGUAGUCGAUUUGACGAACAAGCUGAAAGCAGGAAUCCACCGAAGAAGUAUUCUGGAACAGAUAUCUUACAACAGCAGUGUAACAUGCAAGUAACGUUUGGGAAGAACUCAACUCUGACAGCCAAAAGAAGACGCAUUAGUGAAGAUGCAGAUCAAGAUGACUCGUACUGGAAAAAGAGGAGUGUGUUCUUUGAACUCCCAUACUGGAAGGAUCACAUGUUGCGUCAUAACCUUGACGUGAUGCAUAUAGAGAAAAACAUUUGUGAUAAUGUGGUCUUCACUAUUUUAAACGAUAGUGUCAAAUCAAAAGAUAAUCUUAAAGCUCGCAAAGAUUUACAAAGCAUGGGCAUAAGGCCUGAACUGUGGCCGGACGAAGGUGGUAAAUAUCCUUCAGCAAUCUUCACAAUGUCAAAUCCACAAAAGGAUGUAUUUCUGAAGACUCUACAGAACGUGAUCUUUCCAGAUGGUUACUCGAGCAAUAUUGCUCGUUGUGUUGACAUCCGGCAGCGCAAGUUAUAUGGGUUGAAGAGUCACGACUGCCACAUUCUAAUAGAACAAUUACUUCCAAUUUUGGUGAAGAAUGCAUUGCCAAGUCCGGUAUCGAAUGUGAUUGCGAAUCUGUCCUCAUUUUUCCGAGAACUCUGUGGAAAAGCUAUAAAUCCUAUGCAGCUUGGUGCCCUUCAGAAUCAUGUUGUGCAAACUCUGUGUCAGAUGGAAAUGAUAUUUCCUCCAUCCUUCUUCACUGUGAUGGUUCACCUUACAGUGCACUUUGUUGAUGAACUAAAACUUGGUGGCCCGGUACAGUAUCGGUGGAUGUAUCCAAUAGAAAAGUACCUGGGACGAUUGAAGCAAUACGUGCGUAACAGGACACAAGCUGAAGGCUCAAUUGCGGAGGGCUAUUUAUCCGAGGAGAUUUUGACAUUCUGCUCCAGAUAUUUGGAUAAUACUGAGACUAGAAUCAACCGUCCAAUGCGAGUUGACGAUCGACCUGUUGAGAUAACAAACAAUGCAGGAUGUACUAUGUUCCCUGAAAUUGGAAAAGCUUCGGGGGCUGUUCCAAUGGACAGUACUGUACAUUCGAAAGAAAUGAAAAUGCUAGCAUGUGGUCCCAUGCUUCAGGCAAGACGGUUUGGGGCAUACAACGUCAAUGGAUACAAGUUUAGAACUAUCAUAAAGGAAGACGGGCUGAAAACACAAAAUAGUGGAGUUUAUGUCUCAUCAAAUACAAGAAGUUAUGCCAGCAUGCGUGACAACAGAGUGGCUGUUGGUAUUGUUCCAUAUUAUGGAAAAAUUGUGGACAUAAUUGAACUAAACUACAGCUGUCAUUUCACAGUGGUUUUGUUCAAAUGUAUUUGGGCCGAUACAACUACGAGCAGAGGAAUCAAAGAAGACCAUCUGGGCCUUACCAGCGUUAAUUUCGCUCGUCCAAUUCACACUGGUGAUCGAGAAGAGGAUGAACCGUACAUAUUGGCAUCAGAAGCUCAGCUCGUGUACUAUGUACGUGAUGAAGUAGAACAAGAAUGGAGUGUAGUGGUUCAUGUAAAACCACGAGACUUGUAUGACAUGGGAGGAGAAAAUGAGGAUGUUGAAGCUGCUUUUUCUCCUCAGCCCGGGUUGAACAUGUCAGCAGCAGGUGACAUCAGUGAUUUACAGUUGACAAGGAACGAUGAUAUAGAAGACCCAGUAGCAGAUGUUUCUGAUAACAUAGAUUAUUUAAUAUUAAAUGGUGUUGUAACAGGAGAAAUGAAAACGGAAGAUUUCUCAUCAUGCUGUGCAAGCACAACAUUUGCUAACAAAAUGGCAUUGGCCUCUCCAUUCUCUUCAUUGGAACAUGCAAUUACGGUUGCCAGAGACAUAUGGUCACGUAAGUUGAAUGUUAGGUCUUGGGUGGAGGCUUUAUCGGGUCGAUCUUGUUCUAAUGAAUAUUUGGAAACGGCGAAUGAAGCUACUGUGCAGAUGCGCUUUAAUAACUCGCAUGGUGUUGAGUUGGAGAUUGCUUCAAAAGAGGAAUUGAAGUAUAUAGAACGUGCUAUUAGAGAGCUUCUUUCCAAGAAAUCUGUCCAAACUACUGACGAAGGAGACGAUGAUUUAGAUGCUAUCUCCUCCGGUGGAAAUGACAUCUCCAGGGAUGUUGAGCUUAAUAGGGUUCCAGAAGAAGACAAUGAAACUUUAAACAUCCAACACAGAGAAGAUGUUGUACAUGCUGGAAAAAGGGGUUUCGAUCUCAACAAGCUGCCAUGGUUUGGAGAUGAGUUAUCGGAUCCGCGGUUCGGAAAAACCGCUGCAAAACGAAUAUCAACGUUUUCAAAGACUGGACAUUUAGCAGAGGUUACAGAAAAACCGCUGCAAAAUGACAUUAUUUAG